UGUUAGAGUCAGGCACUUCCGCGGGCAGCCCUGCUAGUGCUAUAUUGCGGGGUCCUCGCUGGCUGGUCGCUUCGGCUGCAGAGAGGAGAGAGAGCAGCAAUGGCGGAAUACGAUACAUACGACGAUCGGGCCUACAGCAGCUUCGGGGGAGGCCGAGGUUCACGACGUGGUGACGCGGGCCCAGGUCCCCGCAAACAAAAAGAGCUUCCCACAGAUCCACCCUUUACUGCGUAUGUUGGGAAUCUUCCAUUUAAUACCGUGCAAGGUGACAUAGACACAAUCUUCAAAGAACUGAGUGUAAGAAGUGUGCGGCUAGUCCGGGACAAGGAGACAGAUAAGUUUAAAGGGUUUUGUUACGUGGAAUUCGAUGACCUGGAAUCGCUUAAAGAAGCCUUGACAUAUGAUGGAGCACUCUUAGGUGACCGUUCACUCAGAGUGGAUAUAGCAGAAGGGAGAAAGCAAGACAAAGGUGGAUUUGGAUUCAGGAAGGGCGGGAAUGAUGACAGAGGAAACGAUAGUUCUUACGGCUCUAGAGGAGGUUCUCGAGAUGACUUCAACUCUGGAAACGAUAGUUCUUUCGGCUCUAGAGGAGGUUCUCGAGAUGACUUCAACUCUGGCUUUAGAGAUGAUGACUUCUCAGGAGGCAGAGGUACGCGUGGUGGUCCCCCAGAUCGGAGAGGACCUCCACCACCUUCAGGACCUGGGCGUUACAGGGAUGCACCACGCCCUGGUUCUGCGGACUUCAGAGAGCCAACAGAAGAGGAAAGGGCACAGAGACCACGACUUCAACUUAAACCUAGGACGGUUGCAACGCCCCUCAAUCAAGUUGCCAAUCCAAAUUCUGCCAUCUUCGGUGGUGCUAAGCCCAGAAGUGAAAGUGGUGGAACAGAAAAGGAAUGAACUGAAGGUUGGGAGGGACAAAGGGGAGACAGAGUAAGCUAGUCAAUCUGGAACAUCAACCCUGCAGUUACCAUUCCUGCCUCCUGACGUUAACCCCUCAUUCCCUCCUUCUGAAAACAGAGCUUGUGAAUGCAUGUCAGCUGUUAACAAGUGGUUUUUAGUACAUUCUCUGCUUUUCUGUAACUAGUACCUGCUUUGUGCUGUUUCCACACAUAUCUCCAAUAUAAUUCAGUGAACUUACCUGUAAGGGAAGCUUCUUCCAAGACAUGAGGAAUUUGUUUUUGGAUUUGACAAAUGCAAUUUUCUUUCACUUAAAUACAUUUCUUUUAAUUUAGGAGCAUCACAUUACUUCUAUCAUUGCUUCUGAAUUCUUCUGUUCUUUUCUCUCUAGCAUGCAUGUUUUGCUCACUUUUGCCAAGACUCUGCAAGAAGGUAGAAUUUGAUUACUUCUGUAAAUUAAAGGAAGACAGGCACCUGGUAUUAUGUAAACUGACAUCACACGAAUUUUCACAAACAUUUCCCCUUCACUUUGUGCAUAUUAACAUUUUAUACACUCGUGUGCAUGGGGAAAGAGUUUCAAAACCACAUUUAAAUAUUUUAAUGUAGGCUUGUUAUCUACAUAAGUAAUCUUACCAGGUUGUAAUGACCACCUCCGUGUCUCGUUUACACUAUUUCUGUUUUCACAUUUGGAUAUGCAGCAUAAAUGAACAAGAGGGCCUUGGGUACAGGAAAUUCCCAGUACAAGGAAACUGGCAUUUCUGACACCCAACGACAUAAGCCCGAUAGAUUUUAUGUAGCUUGUAGUUUUAAAACCGAUAAUUAAAGCAUUUUUUUAUUUUAUAUAAUGGCAAAGCUACUCAUUCAGCCUUUAUUAAACUGCUUUUUAUGCAGAUGGUCAAAUUGCAAAUGGAAUGUGUGCUGCAGUUACCAUUCCUUGCUUGAAAUGUGAAUGGCUCCAUGAGUUCUCUUAGUCAUGGGUCCUAAACGGUAUAUCUAUAUUGGCUAGCUCUGCCGCUACCAGCAGAGCGAUAUACGUUGUCAUGCUAGCAUAUGUCAUGAGAGACUGAUUUGCCUUUUUCUCCCCUGAAAUCAUCCUUCUGUAAAGUCUCAGCAAAUUUAAGGUGCAUAUUUCUUCUUUCAGCAAGGGCUCAGUUUUGGUGUCUGCAUUUAAAAUGGAAACUAAAUACUUCAGAUAGUGUUAAUGCAAAUUCAUAUAUUAAAAACAAAAUCAAUGCUCUUGCUGCCAAGAAGCAGUUGUGUGACAACAACUCUGGCAGCAAAAGUAUUAACACCAGUGUUAAUAAAAUGUACCUCCAGUGUCUGCAAACUAGUGUCCCUUUCCCUUUCUUUCCUUGCUUCUGUACACUCGCUUCGAGAACCAUUUGUUAAACACUAGUACCUAAAAUAAGGACAUGCUUUGUGUGGCGAUGUGAUACCUUCAGAUUACUAUAGAUCAAUUUCCAUCUGCUGUGUGUGAGAGCAUUAAGACCAAGCAAGACAACUUCACAACUGGUCUAAAUAUUUGACUUUUAAAUGGGAUUCCAAAUAUUCUACACAUUCUGCUUCAUGACAGAAGGUACAUCUACGGCUAUGGUAUUUUGUGGAAGAUCUUUUAAAUAAAACAGAAAUGAAACCUUAA